AUGAAUGUUCCACGGCUCCACAUUUACACAUCAGAAAGCAUUCGACCGUUCCUGAUUACCUCGAUUGUUCUGCUUGUUCUGGGUGCACCUUUGAUGGCUACAAUCAUCUGGUCUUCUUAUCACUACUUGAACCAGAGAGGAAAUCUUUCACAAAGAACCAGGAAUAUGCAGAGGCGGUUUCUUUAUUACGUUUACAUACAGGCUUCAAUUCCUGGACUUUGCCUAUUUAUCCCGCUGUUCAUCUUCAUGCUAACUAUGAUAACCUCAUCAAUGAGUGUGCAAGGUAUCGUUAAUAUCGCCAUGGGUGGCAUUGCGCUUCAUGGCCUCGUGUCAUCAGUAUCCAUGGUUUUGUGCAAUGAACCAUAUCGAAGAUUCGCCUUAAAUCUUAGCAGACGAGUUUUACAAGUAGUGCAACGAGGACGAAAGAAGCAUGUAAUACAUAUCAGCGGCUUGCUUGACCCGAGCUCCGUAAACAGGCAGCAGCAUUCUAGCUCACCGAUUACACUGCAAUGA